AUGGGUCAACUUGUUGACGAUAUAGAGCGUACAUUUGAUGAUCAAUCGACCGUAUUCAAACUUAACCUAUCCUUUGGUUUCAUUCUCUUCAAUAAUGACAUCGAAGAGAUGCAAUACCACCACCACUCCUCAGAAAACAACAGUCGAGUAUUUGAUACCCCCUUCCAGAUCCGUAAUCGUGAAGAUUUAGCCCAAGUUCGUGAAGCGAUGCAAAAAAUCGACAUCCAUGAAUGGGCUCGGCAACAACGUCCCAACUCCAAAUGGGUUGUCAUGGAUUUCACCAAUGCUACCUUCUACGUCACCAAACUUCGAGACCAUCCUAUAGGCCGUAGUGUCUCACCAAUGCUAGAGAAUACUACCAUCGUGUCACUCGACUGCAACGAGCAAACGGGACUACCAUACGAAGACAAACUGUGUCUCUUUCGUUGCCUGGCUUUACACAAAGGUUGUCAUCCCCAUAACCUGGAGCGCGACACUCAACACUUCUAUGAACAAUAUUCUCAAAAUGAUGAUUUUGCUCCAACAUUCCUGGCUACGACGAACCCAAGUGUUUCGUCUCGUCUGGCAGUACAAGUGAAAUGAUCCAACAGUUCGUGGAAUAUUUGGUUGAGGUCAGCCAAGAAAGCUAUCGUUUGUUGUUGGAUAGAUUUACGGACGUCUUCGAACAAAUCAACGAACGAAUAUCCAACAGUGAGGUAUGUUUAACCUACUAGACCGAUUUUAAAAUAAAUAUUUGUGCUUAUUAGUCCUAUGUUUUAGGUGAGCGAAGAAGAAGGCCGAGGUAGUGAAGCACGUGAAGAAAUAUCUGACAGCGAUGUAUGUAUUUAACCUUACUUACACACCUUUUAAAACUAUUUGUACUUAUUUUUCCUUUCCUGUGUUUUAGGUGAGCGACUCCUAAAUCGAAGACAUGGUCCAAUGUAUACUUGGACUAAACGAUAGCGAGGUAUACUAUAUGUUUGGUCUACUAGACGUUUAUAAUAUUUGUACUUAUUAUGCUGUAUAUUUUUAGGGGAGAGAAGCAAAUGAUGCUGAAGUGAGUGGGGACGAAGUGAAUGAGGUAUAAUUUUUACCAGAUUUCACUUUUAAAUUAUUUUUUACUUAUUAGCCUCCGUAUGUUGUAGGAGUCUCAAGAAAGCGAGCCAGAGAAAGCCCAUCCAUUGGAAAAGUUGAUUGAAAAGCUCACGCUCUACUUGAUGGAACUACCUGUGAUCGGCUUCAACUCGGGCAAGUACGACAUAAAUGCAGCUAAAAAUCCAUUCUUCUCAUACCUAGUGAAACACAAGCAAGUUAAGUUUGUAAUAAAGAGGAACAACAAUCACAUGUGUCUCAAAACCGAACACUUAAAGUUUCUCGAUAUUACAAACUACUUGGCUCCAGGUUUCAACUACGACCAGUUCCUAAAAGCUUUCGAGUGCUCCCAGACCAAAGGCCACUUCCCAUACGAAUGGGUCGACUCCAUCGACAAACUAAAUUCCCCCAUCUUACCCCCGCCCGAAGCGCUCCAUUCCACGUUAACCAACACGGACAUUACAACUGACCAGUACGAGUAUUGUCAGCGCAUAUGGGAAGAGGAGGGUAUGACCUCGUUUCGUGACUUCCUCGUGUGGAAUAACAACCUUGACGUCGUUCCCUUCCUUGAAGCGAUUGAUAAAAUGAGUGACUUUUGGCAAGAGAGGUGUAUCGAUAUAUUUAAGGACGGUGUUAGUGUGCUAGGAUUGACGAUGAAAUAUUUAUUUUCUAAUGUACCGGGCGCUUACUUCUCACUGUUCUCGGAGAAGGACAAGGACGCAUAUUACACUAUGAAAAGUAACAAUGUCGGUGGUCCGAGUAUUAUAUUUAACAUGUAUCACGAGAAGGGGAAAACGUCCAUACGUGAGGGAGAGAUGCGAGCAAAAGAGCGAGAACCAAAACCCUGCAAGAAGGUAGUUGGAUAUGACGCAAAUGCACUCUACUUGUGGGCAAUCAUGCAGAAUAUGCCAACGGGGCAGUACACAAGACGGUUUGAGGAAGAUGGGUUCAAGACGAGGUGGAGUGGGAAAAUGGCGAUCGAAUGGCUGGAAUGGGAGGCAUACCAGCGGAAAAUACAGAUCAAACAUGAGUACAACAGCACGGAAAAAAGAAUAGGUCCACGUCGCCUUCCAGUAGAUGGAUUUCACGCUGAGUCGCAAACGGUAUUUCAGUUCCAUGGUAAGUUGUUGUUUUAGUGUAAUUAGUUGGGAUUAAGUUAAUUAGUUAGGAUUAAGUUAAUUGUGUGGGAGUAGGUUAAUGCGUUUUUUUAGUGAUUGCGUGGACUUUUCUCUUGCAGGAUAAUUUAUUUUUCUUUUGUAGGAUCAUUAAUAUUGCACUUUAUUCUGCUAGGAUGCUAUUGGCAUGGCCAUGACUGCCAACUUAACCAAGGGAAAGAAGUGAACGAGAAGCGAGAUAAACCCAUGAAAGAAUUGCUUGAAGAGACAGAAAGAAAUAGUGCUAAUAUUCGUAAACAGGGUUAUAACCUUGUCGAGUGUUGGGAAUGUGAGUGGCGAAAUAUGAGGAAACGAAAUAGUGCGCAGCAACGAUUCAUCGCCACCCAUCUACGUCGACCCCUAGAUAAAGUGAAAACCACGACCACACAGUCCAUCGUCAACGCUGUGAAGAACAAUAAACUAUUUGGUUGUGUGCAGUGUGAUAUCUACGUACCAGAGAGUUUGCGAGAACAUUUCAAAGAGAUGUGCCCCAUCUUCAAGAAUAUAGAAAUACGUCGAGAAGACAUCGGUGAGUUCAUGAGGAGCUACGACGAAGAAAAUAAUGUCAUGCGCCAGCCCCGGCGAAGUCUCAUUGGAAGUAUGAAAGGGGAUAAAAUCCUGCUGGCGACCCCUCUCCUAAAGUGA